AUGAUUUCCAUUUUUUCCCCUCUACAAGCAAUUUUUAAUUUCGUAUAUGGAUUGUACUACUCAUGGAGGGCACCACGAUUCAUAGAAUGGUUCAACAAAAACAACAAACGAAACAUUAAACUUCUAGAAAAAUCCGACUUUUACAAGGUUGAUUUUACUGAUCCAUUUGAAUAUGACAACCCAACUAUCUCGAUCUCCAUUCCAGAAUAUGUAAUAAAAUAUUUACGAGAAAUUGAAAUACCAAAAGAAAACACAUAUAAAAAUAUUGGCUUUUUUGGUGUGUAUAGUUUUGUUCCGUUUACACGAGGAGUUGAUCUCAAUGAACAAGAUUUUGAAUUCAUUGCUAGGCGAGCAAUUGAUGCUUUACUUUUUGAAUAUGAUCAUCCUUUGCGUCUUUACACAACAGAUAUGGCUAGUGAACUCAGCUUUGUUCUCCAAAACAUAAUCUUAAAAUUUCUAAAAAACCAAAAGGCACCAGAAGAAGUUAUUGAUUGUUUAACAGAUUUCUCUAAGGCGAUUCAAUUCACAGAUACCUUCGAUGUCACUUUCAUUCGUCCUGACAUGACGAGAUGCUUUAUUAAAGGAACCAAAUUCUGUGAUCUUGAUAAAGAAAAUUCACUUCGAGAUUACUUAGAAUGCCUCAAAGAAUCAGAAAUACAACUUUCCCCAAUGAACACUGAUCCAAAAUGUAUUUCGUAA